AUGCGUUUGGUUGUUGUGGAUCCCGGCUGGCUGGGAAUCAUUGGAGAUAAACAUCUCAUUUCAAGUGCAACCAUUGAGGACCCAACAGCUGAGGGAACUGAUGAGAAAACUGCAUUUGUGCUUCAUACAAGCCAUGUAACCAGCACCCACAGGCACGACGUUUGGGGAAUCAAACAGCCAGCGCUCUCUAAGAUGACACAAAUCCCAAAUCCAGCCCUGCAUGAUAGCCUGGGAGAUUUUCCUUUCGGCAGUAAAGAGAGCCCCGCAGGCGCCUGGGCGCGCUCCUUACAGCGGCCCCCGCCUGCCCGCGAAUUGAUUGCCGCCAGCUGGAGCUCAUGGCUCCUAUCCAAGGCUCAGGCCAUAAUCCCACGGGUGCGGAGCCUCCCAUCCAUGGUCGCUCCCAGAGGCCGCGCGGCCAGGCCCGAUCCCCGGACUACGUUUCCCAGCGGCGCCCGGCGGGAGGCGGGCGGAGAAGCUGGUGUGAAAGCAAAUGUGAACAAAAGAAAGAAGCAAAUUUUGAAAAUUGGACAUGGUGGCACUUUGGACAGUGCGGCUACAGGAGUUUUGGUGGUUGGUAUUGGAAAAGGAACAAAAAUGCUGAGCGCUAUAUUGGCAGGUUCAAAGAAAUACACUGCUAUUGGACGACUGGGCAAAGCUACUGAUACUUUAGAUGCUACAGGAAAAGUCACUGAAGAAAAACCUUAUGAUAAGGUAACAAAAGGAGAUCUUGAAAGCGUGUUGCAAAAGUUCACAGGGGACAUAAUGCAAGUUCCUCCACUCUAUUCUGCUUUGAAGAAGGAUGGAGAGAGGCUAUCAUCUCUGAUGAAGAGAGGAGAAGCAGUUGAAGCAAAGCCUGCUCGGCCAGUAAGAGUGUACAGUCUCUCUCUCCAACACUUCCAGCCGCCACUGUUCACACUGGAUGUCGAAUGUGGUGGUGGCUUUUAUGUCAGGAGCCUGGUCAGCGACAUUGGCAAAGAACUCUCUACCUGUGCCAGUGUGCAAGAGCUGACCCGAACCAAGCAGGGGCCGUUUACGCUAGAGGAGCAUGCACUUCAUGAAGACAAAUGGACAAUUGAUGAAAUUGCACGAUCCUUAGAGCAUUGCAUGUCUCUCCUCCCCAGAGAGCCAUCUCAUAAAAAAUUUAAGACAGAGGAUCCUGAAGAAACUGCUGUGAGCUGUGAAGAUAAGUGAUAAGUUGGGUCAAGGAGAAAGACUGAAUGAUUGAGACAUUUUAAGAUUGGAUUGGGAUUGUCUUGCCUCUCGUGUGAAUUUACAGGCCUGUAUUGGGAGGGUGAGAAACUGCAAGGCAAGAAAAAUGAUUCUUUAUUUUUUUUUUUUCCUGGAAUAUGCACUGAAAAUAUCUAGUGUUUGCUGUUUCGCAAUCUGUUUCCCUUGUUGUAUAUUGUAAAUGGGUCAGCUACUAAUGUCAAGUCUUCAUAAAUUCUUUAGAGAACCUGUAGGAUGCAAUGUAUCUUUUGUUACUAAUUUGUCAAUAAAGAUUAAGAUUUGC